UCUUAAACUGUCAAGUAGUUAUGGCGUCAAGUGCAAAAAAUAUCGAAUCAAAACAAUAAUAUUUUGGUAUAAAAUAGGCAAAAGAAAAUGAUGUAAUUGAUUAAAAACAAGAUAAAUAACUGAAAUAAUGGCUACGGCACUCGAAUCUUCCACCACGGACAAUGCAUGGAUCAACUUUUGCGAAAGACAUGCACAAGCGGCGGCACAGGAUUUUUCUAAAAGUUGUAAUCAGUUUAUAAAUAUGAAUCUCCCUGAAAGUGCAAAAUCGACAAUCACUCACAAAGAUUUCUUGCGAAAAUAUGUCGACUUUUUCAAAGAUCAAUUCGAAAUGGAUUUUAACAAGAGGAGAUUACACAACACGAAAAUAUCCAAUGGGGUGGGUUCUAGAAGUGAAGAGGAACCAGUUGAAAACGAAGACGGUUCUCCUAAAAUGCAACAUAAACCAUUUUUUAGAAGACUCAGCUUUAAAGUUUUGAGGAAGAGUAGGGAUUUGUUUCACAAGCAACAUUCUGAAGAAAUUGAUAUGACACACAGUAAAACAAAGUUAGCAAAAAUUGUUGUUGAAUGCAGAAAAGAGGGCAUUGUUAAUUAUUCUACACCAGAGAGUUUAGAUCAACCAGGUGGGCCUCCUAAGUGGGAAAAAUGCCGCUUGCAGCUGGUUAAGGCAACUGGUGGAUACAUGUUGGAAUUCUACUCUCCACCAAAGAAUCAAAAGCCACGCAGUGGAGUAUUCUGUGCUCUCAUAACAGAAGCAAGGGAAACAACAGCCCUUGAAAUGCCUGAUCAUGAGAACACUUUUGUUUUAAAAGCCAGUAACAACAUGGAGUUUGUGAUAGAAGCACUAGAUACAGAUGACAUGAGGUCCUGGUUAGCUACCAUUAGAUACUGCAUGAGAUCUGGACCUGGUGGUCAAGAAAUUGGUCAUGGGGACCACACAAAGGAUUAUCAUCAUCCAGAAGCACCAGAUUUGCCACCUAGACAUUUGAUGGGUAGAGGUGGAGAUAGGCUAUCUUCUAGUUCAAAUUUUGAUAUUUGUCCUAAUACUGGAGAGCCUAUUAACUCCAUGGAGACUGACAUUGGUCAAACAUUGAAAAAGGAGUUAUGGUUUCAUGGUAUGUUAGGUAGGUCUGAAGCUGCUCAACAAGUUCUGCAUGAUGGGGCUGCCGGCCAUGGAAGGUUCUUGGUUAGACAAAGUGAAACAAGAACUGGAGAAUUUGUUCUUACCUUCAAUUUCCAGGGACGUGCCAAACAUCUCAGAAUGACAAUAAACGACCAGGGUCAAUGUCGAGUGCAACACUUCUGGUUCCAGUCCAUUUAUGAAAUGCUGGAACACUUCCGGUCUCAACCCAUUCCCCUGGAGAGCGGCGGCAACUCUGACGUCACUCUCACCGACUACAUUCUCAAUCCGAACGCCAGGCAGCAGCAUCAGAGCUCGAUGGGGCGCAGCCCUACGGGAGGCAUGACGGCGAGCGCGUCCCAGCAGGCUGUGACGAACGGUCACGAGAGGCGGGUGCCCCCUAUUCCUGAAGUUAGACAAGUUCAGACUCACAAUGGUAGUGUUAGAACGCAGGAGACAUCUUUAGAACAGAUUCAGGCGGAAGCUUCAAGUCGCGCUGUCGACAAUCAGUAUAGUUUUGUGUAGUUAUCACAGCGUAUAUUUAUUACACGGGGUACAGGUAAAUAUAUAUGUUGUGUUCAAGUAAAGAUAUAUAUAUAUAUCUAUAUUCAUUGAAAUACGUGAUGGUUUUAGAAGAGUACUUCGGUCCUACAUAUGUAUUGUUGCUAUUAUGGUUGAGCGAAAUUUUCAUUUUAAUUAUGAUGCCGUCAAUUUAGUUAUUUUACGAGUACUGUCUGAAAUUUCAAGUAACAUCAACAAUUGUAUAUGCAAAUUCGGAAACGAAUAUCAAAAAUCCUACGAAUUAUUAAGACCAACCUUGAACCACAAAGCCUGCCGCAGCCAGGGAUCGAACCUAUAUAUCCUUGUUUGAUAAACAAGUGCCCCUUCCACUAACCUCUCUUUGUAGAUUUGAGAACGAGCCUGAACUCCUAGACAGAAGUUUUAUGUGCUAGUUCGGACCAAAACUAACACAUACAACUGGAUGGUUUAGUGGAAGGGGCAAUUGUCUAGAAAACAAGGUUUUUCAAAUCUCCAAGUAUUAUUUGUUUUUACCUUAGGGCUUAAUAAUUCGUAGAGGAUUUUGUUUUCGAAUUUUCAAAUUAUUCAGCAACUUAUUUCAGAUACUUCUGAUUUUUCGAUUUGUGAUCUAGGAUAUAUUAAAUUCACAAUUUUCAACUAAUUGUUUGUGCUCGACCUAGGGUUGCCACCUGUCCUUUUUUCAAGCAAAAUGUCCUUGCGACUUUUUAAAGCUUAAAAUGUCCUUUUUUACGGCACAUGUGAUGUGCUUUUAUUCUUUAAUAUCUUUGAAAGGGACGUGGCAACCCUAGCUCGACCGCAAAAUUAACCGGACACGGGGUUUUUCAGAAAAAUAUCAAAAAUGUAAAUCAAAAUAAUAAAAUUUAUUUAUACACAAUUUUUAUAAAAAAAAAAAUAAAAUUUUAUUUCAUUCUAUAAAAAAUCAUCUGAGUUUAAAAAGUUAAAAACGAGGAAAAAAUAAAUUUGCGGCAUGAAAAUCAAAUGCGAUCAAAAAUUAGGACUGAUAUAGGAUUGUAUAGUUGUUUCACAAGUUCAAAUAACCUCUUAAAUUUUGUUGAAGCAGAUUGACAGUAUCGAAGACUCGUGCGUAAUCACGUUAAAGUCAUAACGUAAUCUCGAUUGACAAAUCUUAAUAGUAUCAAGGUUGGAAUGAAAAUUCGAAUGAGGAAUAUUCUGAACGCGAAUGUAACGUAUCGGAUUUUCAUUCCAACAGAGUAACAGAUGGUACUUUCUCCACGGCCACAGACACAUGCAGUAGGAGUUGAAUAUAGCAAAAUAAAAAGUUAAACAAAAUGAAAUAUUUAAUUUAUGUUAGACAAAUUUUUAUUUGUAUUAUUUGCAUAAUUUGUCAUUCUAUAUAAGAAUCAUUAUAUUCGCCAAUUCUUGAAUUUCGACUUAACAAACGGCGCUUAUCUUCAUUCAGGUAAAUUUAAACUAAAUACUAAUACGUCGCGUAUUAAGUACUGUUAGUCAUGAAAUUCAUAACUAUCACGAUGCAGGCGUGGUAUUCACAAUCUCCAGGCAAGGGGGGCUCCAAGACGAAUUUUCGAGGGGGAGGGAGGGCAUUGCCUUUAGCCAUUCCCUAUUUAGAACAUUUUUUUUAAUAAAAGGCUCAUAAAUCGUAAGAAUUUUUAUCUCGGGGGUCACAUUUGCUGAGUUUUAUAUAGAAUGAAAUACGUGUAAAAUAUAUAAGAGGCAAGUGUUUUAGAAUUUUCAAUUGCGAGAAUGUUUUUUUUUCUGUUAUUAUAGGUGGUUUCGGAAGAACUACAUUUAGUGGCCGUGGAGAAAAUUACUUAUUUGUUACUAUUUUUAUUUUCAUUGGUAUGGUCUAACAAAUAAUAAAUAAAAUUUUUAUCAUCUCUCCAUAUACCAAUUAUGUAAAAUCCUCAGCUGGUCUUGUUUAAAUUUUAUUCUAGAUAAAAUUUUAAGCAAAAUAUGGAAAACCGAUGAUGAUACUAUCUUAUAUUCUUAUCUUUAUAGGUAAUGAUUCAGAUUAGGUACUAGUGCCGAGCAUCAAACUAGUUAGAAAACAAGAUUUUCUCAGGGUUUUGUUUUACUUAAAUUUCGCAGACAUAAAAGUAUUUUUCCUACGACCACUUUUAGGAAAGUGGCAUAUAUCGCACUAUUUAAUCUUAAGGGAAGUGCCAUUUAUCACUCGCGUGUGGAUCUACUUUCCACCCGUGUGUGAAUAUCUACUUUCCGCAUCAGCUGUCAAAUAUAUCAAUAGGUGUAAUUUCUACUUUGAUCUAUGUAAUAUCCAUAUUAAUAGUAAAAUAGAGUUGUUGAUUAAAUCGUGAAUACUGAUUUUUAUACCUAGAUUCUAGAUAUUUAUUUUUAACAAAUUAUUAAAAUAAUUUUAAAGUAGGUAACAUUAUUAUUAGGUUUUUCUUUUGUUAAUAUAAAAAAUAUUUAAUUAGAUAAUUCAUCUGAAAAUAAGCUUGUUAGCUCAGUUCAUAGAGCGUUCAACUUUGCAUGUUUCCACCACAUCGCGAUACGGAUUCAAUCCCCACCGAUGGAAGCAUAUUUUUAAUUUUUAUAAAUAUGAAAAUUGAAAUAAUACGACUAUGGUUAUUUAUUUUAAAUAGGUACAUGUUAUUUAUCUUAAUAUAACAUCUACAGUUAAUCUUUUCGCUA